UGAAAGCGCCGGGGCGUCUGCACGCAUGCGUCUCUUUAGCGGCGACACCAUUUUAGAGGAAGAAAGAAACAGGGACAGAAACGACAAUUUAGCAAUACGUCGAUAGUUGAAAUAUUAAUAUUCUGACAGAUGAGUGUCUUUACAGUCCCUGACGGAUAGUAGAGCUCCGCUGGUUCGCUGAACAACCCGGUUUUCUGAAACCGCGGAAAACCCGGAGUGCUACUGCUCAGUUUAGCGCCUCUCUUGUACUGUUGUUAUUCGUGUGCGUGCGUGUGUGUUUGUGUGUGUGAGAGAGUGUGUGUUUGAGUGUAACCGCACGGUUCCGUCCAGAUGGAUGGAGAAGACGAGAUUCACUCAGAUGAUGGCAGUGCAACUCCAGUUCAGGACGAGCAGGAGGACGCUGGGCCCGGAUCACGACAGUCUGAUGAUGACGGCAGCGAUAAUGAAGACAGAAAGUCAGACAACAGCGAUUCAGAGAUGGAGCCGCCACGACCCGCAGACAGCGAUGACGACAGCAGCUCUCCCGUGAAGAGAAGAGCCAGCACGUCUGACCUGGAGGAGGAAGAGGAGAAAACGCAUGCUGCUAGCGACUCUGAGGAAGAGCAGCAGAAGAGACGCAGCCCUAAAUCAGACGCCGGCAGCGAUUCAGACGAGGACAGGCCCAAACAGAGGACUCAGAACCACUCUGAAGAUGAGGAGGAGGAGGGAGGGAGGAAGGGGAAGUGGAAAACCGCAAUGAACUCGGACAGCGAGGAAGACGAGGACAGAGCGAAAGAGGAAGCAGGAAGUGAUGAGGAUGAUAAAAGGCCUAAAAGAAGGGCUCUAGGUAGUGAUGAUGAAGAUGAUGGAAGGCCUCAAAGAAAGGCUCUGGCUAGUGAUGAUGAAGAUGAAAGGCCCAAACGAAAGGCUUUAGGUAGUGAUGAUGAUGAGGAUGAAGAGCCUAAACAAAAGGCUUUAAACAGCGAUGAAGAUGAUAAACGUCCUAAACGAAAGGCUUUAGAUAGUGAUGAUGAUGACGAUGAUGAUGAUAAAAGGCCCAAACGAAAGGCUUUAGGUAGUGAUGAUGAUGAAGAUGAAGGGCCUAAACGAAAGGCUUUAGGUAGUGAUGAUGAUGAUGGAGGGCCCAAAUCAAAAGCUUUAGAUAGUGAUGAUGAUGAAGAUGAAAGACCCAAACGAAAAGUUCUAGCUAGUGAUGAUGAAGAUGAAGGGCCCAAACGAAAGGCUUUAGAUAGUGAUGAUGAAGAUGAAAGACCCAAACGGAGAGCUCUAGCCAGUGAUGAUGAAGAUGAUGAAGGGCCCAAACGAAAGGCUUUAGGCAGUGAUGAUGAUGAGGAUGAAGAUGACAAGCCUGUAAAGAGGAAGAAGGCCGUUCUCUCAGACAGUGAUGAAGAUGAGGAGAAGGCGGUGAAAAAGAGCCGGAUAGUGUCUGAUGAUGACGACUCUGGCAGUGAUGAAGGCUCCGGAGGUCCUGAUAAGAGUUUAGCAGCUAAACUGAAGGAGCUGGGCUCAGACAGCGAGGAUGAGGAGGACAUGAAGAAGGGCGAAGCAGGGAAGAAGGAUGAGAAGGCUCUGUUCGGGAGCGACAGCGACUCAGGAGGCGAUGAGGAAGAGAAAAUGAUCGCUGAUAUUUUCGGAGAGUCUGGUGAUGAGGAAGAGGAAGAGUUCACGGGUUUCAAUCAGGAGGAGCUGGAGGCGGAGCGGCCGCAGACUCAGGUCUCUGGACAGAGGAAAGCAGAUGACGACUCUGAUUCAGAUGACGGCAUCGACAGAGGAGGAAAAGACAUGUCCUACAUGUCAGAUUUUGACAUGAUGCUGGCCCGUAAGAAAGCUCAGAGUGGCAAACGCAGACGCAAUCGAGACGGCGGAACGUUCAUCAGUGAUGCAGAUGAUGUCGUGAGCGCCAUGAUCACCAAGAUGACAGAAGCCGCUGAGGAGGAUCGAACGCUGAACAGUCAGAAGAAGCCCGCUCUGAAGAAGCUGAUGCUGCUGCCCACAGUAGUCAUGCAUCUGAAGAAGCAGGAUCUGAAGGAGACGUUCAUAGACAGCGGUGUAAUGGCUGCUAUAAAGGAGUGGAUCAGUCCUCUGCCGGAUAAAAGUCUCCCUGCUCUGCGGAUACGAGAGGAACUGCUCAAGAUCCUGCAGGAACUGCCGAGUGUCAGUCAGGAGACGCUGAAGUUCAGUGGUAUCGGUCGGGCCGUCAUGUACCUCUACAAACACCCCAAAGAGUCCCGGCCAAACAAAGACCUGGCGCUCAAACUCAUCAACGAGUGGUCAAGGCCCAUCUUUGGCUUAACGUCCAACUAUAAAGGCAUGACGAGAGAAGAGCGGCAGCAGAGAGACCUCGACCAGCAGAUCGCCCCACGCAGACGCCUUAGUUCAGGAGGUCAGACUCCUCGCAGGGAUCUGGAGAAGGUGCUCACAGGAGAGGAGAAGGCGUUGCGUCCGGGUGACCCAGGCUUCUGUGCCAGAGCUCGAGUGCCAAUGCCAUCCAAUAAAGACUACGUGGUUCGGCCCAAAUGGAACGUGGAUGGAGAUUCAAACCGGGGCCCGGCGAAGAAGGGUUUGUCUCGAGUGGAUAAACAGAUGCGGCGUUUCGCAGACAUCAAGCGUCUGACGAAACCCGGACACGCGGUCAAGAUCAGCGUGGAGGGAAACCGCAUGCCGCUCUGACCUUCCUCCGCCUCUGCUUGUGUUUUUCUGUCGGAUGUUGUGCUGAUUUCAGCCGUUCUGCAUCUGUGAGUUUGCCAUGUAUUCAGAGCUGAGAUUUCUGGACACUUCUGAUGUUUAGUUCUGAUGUAUCUUUCAUAAUAAAGAGUUGCCCUGUCCUACAUUUUA